AGGCAGGGAUUGAGGAGGGUGGGGCAGGCAGGGGUGGUCACAGGACUGGGCCAUGCUUCCUCUGGCUCUAUUUUUACCCUGGACCUUGCCUGUCUAGCAUAGCCAAGCUCUGCUGUUGAGGGUGGUGGGCUGGGGUGUCCACUACAGCCUUCCUUCUGCUGCCCACCCCUAGCAAGGAGUCAGUCUGGUACCCUCGGUCAGCCUGGUAGAGGGGAUGGCAGCCCCAGUGGGUGGCCUAAGCCUUCUAGGGGAGGGAGGUCUCACUGACUCUGAGUUUCCUGUCAGCAGCUGGGGGCCCCUUUUGGUCCUUCAACUCUGUUCUCUCCUGAACAUGUCAUUUUGGCUUCUUUAGGGUAUGCUCCCAUUGCCUCUGCAAAAUUAUCCCUUCCAUCUGGUGGGUGGCAGAAGGGGAGAGAGGAAUGUCUGAGCCUUUUCCUUGGAGCCAGAGUUCCCAGGGAGUGGGAGAGGAGACCUGCAGGCGUUGUGCCUGCGACUACUCACUCCUGUUUGAUUUGGGGAUAGUGGGAGCAAGGGGAAUGGGGCUGCUGUGUGUUGGGGGAGAUAAAGGGCUGAAAGCAUGCGGUCCUUUGAGUUCAUGGAGCUGGGAGAGAGUAGGAGAAGAGAGGAGAAAGGAGUGGUCUGUUGAGAGAGAACACUGCCAAGCCAGGGGGCGUCUUUCCCUUGGCCCUGGGACAGUCUGGCCUUCCACAACCCCAGGGGGGACAGCUCAGGUGUCUCGGAUCAGAUGUCCCCAUCCUUCCCCAGGCCUAGGGGGCUGGACAAUGGCCCCUGAUCGAAUGACAUCCCAGUUCUUCAAUGGGGCCCUUGUGAGUGUCAUCUGAACUCCAGACCUGAGAAGCAGUUGUCAGAGACGUGGGGGAGAUGGAACCCAAGCCGUGGCUGAUGAGGGGAUAAGGGGUGCUUGAGGGAGGGAUGCUGGUAGCUUGAUUACCUGCUCCAUGCCAGAGGGGCAGCUGGAGGUCACCUGGAGCCCUAAAGCAGCCUGGGAUUUUAUGUGGUGGCAGUUCUGAGAGGACUUGGGGGCAGGGCAGAUGGGAAAACAAAGAGGUAAGAAUGGGGGGAAAGAGGAGUCAAAAGGUCUGGGCCAAAAAGGGGAGGAGGAGAAAGGGGAGGUCCUGUGGAGGUCGCUUUGGGAAGGGGCACAGCACCCUACAUCUCUGCUUCCCCAUAUCAUGGGAUCUUCGCCCUGCCACCCCCAGACUCCCCGGGGACCUGAGCUCUUGGCAAGGCGGGGGGGGGGUGAGAGACUAAGGCUGGCAGGAGAGGUGGGGGCAGAAACAGCUGUUGUAUCUGCUCUCUUCUUCUUACCCCACAGGAGGCGAGGCAGGGGAGGGCUGGGGCCCUUCUCAACACCUGGGAGACAGAGGGGGCCUUGGCAGGGACUUGAGGGCUCCCUGUGGGAGGGCCAGGUGGCCAGGAAGCUCGUGGUGGGUUCCCCACUGGCUUCCUCCUUUGCUGAGCUGCCAGCUCUCUCUCCGACCUUCAGUUCAUUUGUCUCUCAUCACCACCUUCCAAACCCUGUCUCCCCCAAAUCCCAAACUUCCCUCACCCUGACUGACUCCUCCCAGAUCCUCAGUGCUCCACAGUGCUAUGGUCCCCAGCCUCUUGGAGCCCUUCUGAAGACCCCUCUCCCUGAAGCUGGCAGGCCAGGGACUAGCCCAGUGGGGCAGGGUACUCACGGGUGGCCUGGGCCUGAGGUGGGAGCAGGUUCUGGACAGACGGCCAAGGCUGCAAAUGUGGCUGCUGGAGCUGUGUGUGGAGACCUGUCUUCAACAGUCCCUCCCCCGCUGACCCCCCCAUCGACUCCACCCCUUCACAGACGAACACCCUGUGGGGCACGGGGCCAGGAGCAGACAGAGGCGCCCUCUGUCUCCUGGGCUGGAACAGGCGGCCCUUGUCUCUUUCCCAGCCUUGCUUGCCCCGUUCCUUUCUCUCCAGGCAGCAGUAGAUGGUGCAAGGGAAAGAGAUGGGAAGGAGGUCCUGGGAGGGACGCUGGAUGUCUUACCCCAAGCUGGGCCUUGCAGUACCUGUGGCUGGCUGUGCUGGUUGAGCUGGGGAGCCCGGGUCCAGGCCUGAGGGCUCAGGGCGAGCGGUGUGAUUGGGCUGUCUCUGGUCUUCAGAAUCGACCACGGAAAUUUGACACCUCCGGGCUUGGAAGCAGCUCUCUCCUCCUUCCCCGCUGCUUAUAAACCUCAGCCCUGAGGCUCCAGCUCACUCUACCCCAUCUCCUUGCCGGGUCAGCCCUGACAAAGGUCAGCUAGCCCCUU